AUGGGUUUUGGUUCAGUUGGAUUUGUGAGCGGAGCAUCUCCAAAAAACAACAUCGCUCUUCUGAAGCUAACCUACCCAAUCGGAGGAAAAUACCGAGUGAUCCCGUUAUGUUCGGAAGUGGCCGAGACAGACACACUUCUAGGGUCGUGUGGUAUUGGCACUAUGGACACAAAAUUACCCUCUGCUUACCCUCAGUUGUUGAAGGAAGCCUACUUCACAGAGGACAAAAGGUCAUCUAUGAAGCACUGUAGAGAAGAUUUAAUCUGCGUCAACUCCGUUUUCUACGAAAGCCACCGGAAUCGAGGAGACAGAUUUGAGAAGCCAUACUUCGAUGCAAGAGUAAUGAAUCCUUUCGCCAAAUCAAAUUCUGGUACUAUGCCAACUGAAAACAUUCGAGUGGAGGUGGGCGAUUUCACCAGAACACACUCAGUGAAAGACCUCUAUUACGUGGAGAGGAAAUUUGCACCGAUAGGAUUUGUGAGCGGAGCAUCUCCCAAAAACAACAUCGCUCUUCUAAAGCUAACCUACCCAAUCGGAGGAAAAUACCGAGUGAUCCCGUUAUGUUCGGAAGUGGCCGAGACAGACACACUUCUAGGGUCGUGUGGUAUGGGCACUAUGGACACAAAAUUACCCUCUGCUUACCCUCAGUUAUUGAAGGAAGCCUACUUCACAGAGGACAAAAGGUCACCUAUGAAGCACUGUAGAGAAGACUUAAUCUGCGUCAGCUCCGUUUUUUACGAAAGCAACAUGUGUUUUGGAGACUCAGGAGGACCCAUCUACACCAUGUUCUGCGGUACUCGAGUACCCCAGUGUCUGUACGGGAUAUACAGUCACACGACCAAGCUACCCGUCACCCCCUUCGAACACUGCACCGCCAAUAGUUUCUUCACAAGUGUCCCCUACUUCGAAUCCUGGAUCAAGAAGAACAUCGAACUAUUCUGACCUCCUACCCUUCUUGCAGACAAGCUCACAGAUAGACGCUAGAAAGUCACUUUCGAUCGGAUUUGGAUUGAAAAAAGUCGCAAUUUAAUUGAAGUUCAAAUAAAAUUACAUAAACUUAGCAAUAUCUAAUAAAAAUGAGAACGCAGUUUUAA